UCCAGACAACUGAUCCAAACGUCUCACCACUCAAUCCCAUUGACAGCUGAACAUCACCCGACGGAUCAGCUAUGCUUAACAUACAGUCGCGUUCACUGAAUCCGGUGAAUAUACUGAAGGGCGAGGCCGAGGAGGAGAAGGCAGAGACGGCACGUCUGUCCUCAUUCAUCGGCGCCAUCGCCAUCGGAGAGCUCGUGAAGUCCACGUUAGGGCCCAAAGGGAUGGACAAGAUAUUGCUGUGUGAGGGCCGGAAUGAGGGCCGAGUGGAGGUGACCAACGAUGGGGCGACCAUUUUGAGGGCUGUGGGCGUCGACAACCCGGCGGCCAAAGUGUUGGUCGACAUCUCGAAGACACAGGACGAAGAGGUGGGCGACGGGACGACAUCCGUAGCCGUAUUGGCGGCGGAACUGCUGAAAGAGGCGGAAACCCUCGUCUCUAUGCGACUGCACCCGCAGACCAUCGUCUCGGGAUGGCGUAAGUCAGUGACGGCCGCGCGCGCAGCGCUCGAGUCGGUCGCCACCGACAACAGCGCCGACACCGAGCGCUUCCAGUCCGACCUCAUGAACAUCGCCCGCACGACCCUAUCGUCGAAAAUACUGUCCCAACACAAGGACUUCUUUGCCAAAAUGGCUGUCGACGCAGUGAUGCGGCUCAAGAAGUCGGGCAAUUUAGACGCCAUUCAGGUGAUCAAGAAGUUGGGCUCAACGCUGAGCGACUCGUUCCUCAGCGAAGGCUUCCUAUUGGAUAAGAAGCCGGGAAUGAAUCAACCGAAGCGCGUGGAAAAGGCGCGGAUACUGAUCGCCAACACCCCGAUGGACACCGACAAGAUCAAGGUGUUCGGCGCGAAGGUUAAGGUGGACUCCAUCGCCAAAGUGGCGGACAUCGAGUUGGCCGAGAAGGAGAAGAUGAAGGAUAAGGUGGACCUCAUUCUCAAGCACAACAUCAAUGUGUUCAUCAAUCGCCAGUUGAUCUACAAUUAUCCGGAACAGCUGUUCGGUGACGCCGGUGUCAUGGCUAUAGAGCACGCGGACUUCGACGGCAUCGAGCGCCUGGCGCUGGUCACCGGCGGUGAGAUUGUCUCCACGUUUGGUAAUCCAGAGAAAGUGCGUUUGGGUCAAUGCGAUCUGAUCGAGGAGGUGAUGAUAGGGGAGGACAAGCUGUUGAAGUUCUCGGGGGUGCCGGUGGGCGAGGCGUGCACUAUAGUGCUGAGAGGGGCCACGCAGCAGAUCCUGGACGAGGCCGAGCGCUCACUGCACGACGCCCUCUGCGUUCUGUCGCAGACCGUGAAGGAGCCCCGAAUCGUGUUCGGCGGCGGGUCGGCCGAGAUGUUGAUGGCCGACGCCGUGGCUCGACUCGCGGCUCAAACCCCGGGGAAGGAGUCGUUUGCGAUGGAGUCGUUCGCCAAAGCGUUGAGACAAUUGCCGACAAUUAUCGCCGACAACGGCGGCUAUGAUUCGGCGCAACUGAUGUCGGAGUUACGGGCACUGCACUCACAGGGAAGGCAUACCAUGGGUCUCGAUAUGUAUAACGGGGCGACCGCUGACAUGCAGGCGUUGGGUAUUAUUGAGGCGUUUAUCGUGAAGCGACAGGUGCUGCUCAGCGCCGCCGAGGCCGCGGAGAUGAUACUUAGAGUGGAUAACAUCAUUAGGGCGGCCCCCAGGAGGCGGGAGCCCGACCACAGAGGGCACUAGUGUG